ACCGUAAUGUACCGUAUCAUAUUCAUUUCAGUCUAGCCUACAUCAUUUUAUUGAUUUUUGAAAAUAGCGAUGUUACCUCCAAAGUUAAAAUGGAAUGAUAUUCUGUUUUCUUUAAAAGUUGCAGUUUUGCUAUCAGCAAUUUUGAGUCCAGAUGGAAGCUUCUCAUGUCAAACUCAAAGUCUGCAAGUUAUUCCACUACAUGAAGAUGGUGUCAUCACAGGAGCCAAUGCGGUACUAGCCUGUGUCCAUUCAUAUGUGCCUCAAGCUGACACACCAUGUGAAGUUGAAUGGACCAGACCACCGACAAUCGAGUUAAUACGUGCUUCUAAUGAUUAUCUACUAGCCAACUUCACUUCGAAUCCUUCGUCCUCCAUAGUAACGCACAGGAAUAUCUUAAUCAUUCCAGAUUUAACAUUAAAUGACUCUUUUCUCUACACCUGCUCUGUACAAGGUGAAAUAAAUAGAACUGAUUUUCAUCUUCAAGUUUAUGAACCUAAACUUCCUCAAAGUGAAAUCUUGGACCCACCUACGAGUCCUAUAGUUACUGGGGAGAAGAAUUUCAAACUUGUCUGCAAUGCAACUGGCAUCCCUUAUCCGGAUAUCACUUGGCAUAAAAACGGCAUACUAGUUACUGAGUAUUGUCUUGGAUCCCCGCUAUCUGAUACUGCAGAACCAUGUCUUGGUCAAAGUUCGAAAAAUACAUCGGUUCUGACAAUCAACUCGGUGGGAAGGAAAAGUGAAGGCAAAUACAAUUGCACCGCCAAGAGCACAAUAGACAGGCUCCAACACUACAGCUACAGUUCUACCUGGAUUAUUACAAGCGACGGCAAGGAAUCACCUGGCCUCAGACCUAUAGAGAUACUGAAUGAUUCCAGUAUACUCAACUCAACUGCUUUGGAGCAUGUCAUUACUGAGAAAACAGAUCUUAGCAGUCUAAGAUUUUACUUGACCUGCUACAUAGCCGGGCCAGGUCCUAUCAAUGUCACUUGGUAUCGUGGAGAUGAAGUCAUCCCGAGCUCUAAUUGGCCGGACGUGCAGGUGAUAGAUGAGAAUGAGCUGAUUUAUACGAACGUGUCAACUGAGCUGAAUGAAGUACGGAUCGGAUGUAUCGAUGCUGAUCAACAGUUGAACAGGCCUGUGUACAGAACAUUGAAGGUUACUAAAGUUUUAGAGAAAGAUAAUGAUACAUCAAGAUCUUCAUCAUUCAUGGUGAUUUGGCUGUUAGUUUUCUUGGGAUUGAUAAUUGCAAGUGCUUUCGUCAUCAUGUACUUCAUGAAAUCCAAGGAUUCAGACUUCAUGGAAGAGCUCAUGGAGGAGUUUCAUAAAGGACGCAAAGAGAAUUUGAAUUCAGAUCUUGAAAUGAGAGAAAAAGCUGAGUGCCUUCCUUACAAUAGGGAAUAUGAGUUUCCAAGAAGUAAUCUGAAACUAGGCAAACGACUUGGAUCUGGAGCGUUUGGAUUGGUGAUGUUCGGCGAAGCAAAUGGAAUAGUGCGCAAAGGACUUGUGACUCCAGUUGCUGUCAAGAUGGUCAAGAAUAAUUAUGAAAUUUCACAGAUCAGAUCAUUGGCAUCCGAGCUUAAAAUAAUGCAGACAAUUGGCAAACAUUUGAAUAUCGUUAAUCUUCUAGGAGCUUGUACCGACAACUUGAAAAAUCUCCUGGUAAUAAUAGAGUACUGCUCAUACGGUAAUCUUCAUGAAUUCCUACUGCAAAAUCGUAAUAUAUUUGUAAGUCAAGUGGAUUGUGUAACAGGAAUUUACAUAAAGAAUGACAUAAAAUCAACAAUAUUGCAAGAAAUGAUGACUGUUACUUAUGUGGAAAGGGAUAAUGAAGUAUUUGCAAAAUUAAGAAAAAGCACAAUGGGAGAUGAUAUAGAAGAAAAUAUUGACAAUUAUGAUGACGUUGCUCCAUUCACCGAAGAUUUUUGUCUUGACAAGGUUGUUGAUAGAAAGUCAGUCGUCAGCCAAUUUGGUCAAGAUUCGAAAUUACUUGGUGAUGAUAAAGAUAUGCCCAAGUCUGAAACUACUGCUGUAUCAAAUCAUUAUGAGAUUGACCUUAAUAUUCCUUCAAAAGUGAAGUUCGAUAAAACUGCCGACAUAAGUAAGAUCUGCACUGAUGAUCUAUUCUGUUGGGCUUACCAAAUUGCAAGAGGUAUGGAGUACUUAGCCAGCAAAAAAAUAAUUCACGGUGAUCUCGCUAUAAGGAAUGUUCUACUUGCUAAUCAUAACAUCGCGAAAAUUUCUGAUUUUGGUCUUUCGAAAAAUGUUUAUCAUUAUGCUGAUCAAAACUAUAUUAAAAAAACCAAACAAGCUCUGCCUGUGAAAUGGAUGGCGUUGGAGUCGAUUGCAGAUCGCUGUUUCUCCACCCAGUCUGACGUAUGGACUUAUGGCAUUGUUUUGUGGGAGCUGUUCUCAUUGGCAGAGACUCCUUACGCUGGCAUGGACGAUUUCGAACGAUUGUUUCACAAACUGAAACUCGGCUUCAGGAUGGAAAGACCUGCGAAUGCUCCGAAAAAUCUCUACAAUCUGAUGCUGGAGUGCUGGAACAAGGAGCCUGGCGAACGACCCAAUUUCUCAAGUUUGUGUAGAAUUAUCAGCGACAUGUUGGAGAAAACACUGCGAGACUAUUAUGUUGGACUGAUGGAAUAUAUUGAAGAAAAUCCGAAUAAGAUUUAUGAUGACUAUUACCAAGUCAUGUGCUACAAAAAACCCAGUCCCAUGUCUAAACAUACUGUACUCGAUAAUGAAGAAAAACAAAAGAGCGCUGUUACCAAUAACCUGGAAUUAAUUGAUGACGAAGACAUAGCGAUAGAGAUUACCCCCGGAUACCUUGACAUGCAUGCCAAUUCCUGAAAUCUCUUCUCUCACAGUCACUAAAUAGUAUUAGGCUACAUAUAAAUAGGCUACUGUAGUAUUGUCAUCAAUAUCUCUAUUUUUAAACUAGUUGAUUAAUUAGCUCUAGAAAUAAACUUUAUUGAGAAUAAAAGAUCGCAUAACUUAGAAAUCAGCCUUUAUAAUGAUGGUCAACAUUUACAAUCAUACACGAUAGGUGGUAUAUAAUUCAAUAUUAUCAGAAACUAAGCUUAGUUUAGUUAAGAUCACUUGAGGAUUUAUAUCAUGAAUUAAGAUUAUUUACACCACAAAUUAUUUAUCGUUUGUUUUUCCAUGAAAAUGUUUUUCAUGAUCUAGCUCAUAAGUAACUUUUUGGCUUGUUACUAGUUCUUACUCUUAAUAUUUUUAGUGAUGCUACUUGGAUAUCAGGCUCCAUGUUUUAAUUUUAAUAAAGAUUUUAAG